CUCUCUCUCUCUCUCUCUCGUUCUCCCAGAAGCAGAAGCCAUGGAUCGCGCACAGAUCGUUCUCCUAGGGCUACCACUCUUCCUCUUCUGCUUCGAUAUUCUUAACCUCUUCACUCUCCGUCCGCCGCCUCCUCAUCCGCACAAGGCUCCCCACCACAACCACCACCAGCACCGCCACCUCCAAAACAAACCUCCACCCUUCCCCAAAGACUCCCUCGACUUCCCCUCACAGAAACCAAGCGGCGGGGCAGUCGGCGUCGGCAACACAGUCAAGAUUAGUUUCUGCACAUCUUGCUCUUACAAGGGGACUGCGGUAACAAUGACUAAGAUGAUAGAGUCUGCUUUUCCUGGAAUUGAAGUUGUUCUUUCAAACUAUCCCCCAGCUACACCAAAGCGUGUGAUUAGCAAAUUAGUACCUGUUGUUCAAUAUGGAAUGUUUGGACUUCUCAUGGGGGGUGAGCAGGUUUUCCCUAGGCUCGGGAUGGCACCUCCUCCUUGGUUUUAUUCUUUGCGUGCGAAUAGGUUUGGAACAAUGGCGUCAACCUGGCUUCUUGGUAAUGCGUUCCAGUCAUUCCUUCAAGGCACUGGCGCUUUUGAAGUUUCCCUCAAUGAUGAAUUGAUAUUCUCUAAGCUCCAGGAGGGAAGAUUUCCAGGAGAGAUUGAACUUAGAGAUGCCAUUGGCAGGAACUUAGUGAAAUCAGGAAUCACAGGUGAUAGGGCAUUAUGGACCUAGUUUGCUUGUAAAACUCUGAAUGUUAGCAACUGUUAUAGUUAAUUUCAAGUUGAGAGUUACUAGUUGAUCAUCAAUAUUGUAAGGAGAAGUACCAUCAGCAAAUACUCUGCAGAUAACUUGGAUCAUUUGUGUACAACAUCUGUGAUUCUCGAUACCUCAAGGGAUUUGAAAUGUUUUGGACUCUUGAAUCUUA